AUGUCGUCGAUGGACUCGAUGCGCCUGCAGGCGACGAUCCGCCUCAUUCGGCAGUGCAAAACCUCCGAGGAGGAGCGGUCGAAUGUGAAGAUCAUCAGUGCGCAACUGCGGAAGGGGUUCGCCGACGCGAAGCCGUACAUUCGAGUGCGGUACAUGCUGAUGCUUCUCUACAUUCGGAUGCUUGGCUACCCGACGGAGUUCGCGCACAUGGAGGUGUUGAAGCUGCUGUCGCAGCCCGAUUUCUCCGGCAUUCGCGUCGGCUAUCUCGCGCUACAGCUUCUGUUUAGCGAGAGCGACGAAGUGCUGACGCUUGUGGAGAAUCGCAUGAUUGCACACCUGAGCGUUGCAGGGUCUCGCCGGGCCAUCUCGUACGAGCAGCUCUGCCUCAUCGGCAUCUCGCUGAAUGCUGUAGCCAACAUCGCCAGCGAGGACAUGUGCCGUGACCUCCUCGACUCCAUUUUGCAUCUCCUCAAGAACAGCCCGCAGCAGCUGCGCAGCAAGGCGGCCCUGGCCGUGCUGCGUGUGGUACGCAAGGCCCCUGAUCAGGCGGGGUACAUUCUGGAGUACUGCACAGACCUCUUUGACGGGAAUACGGAGUCGCUCAUGUGCAUCCUGACGCUCGUCAUCGAAUGCCUGCAGACAGACUCCGGAGCCAAGAUGGUCGGCGCGUUCCGCAAGCAGGCCACAAGCGCGGUGCGGGCGCUGAAGGCGCUCGUGCUUUCAUCUCGGAUUACGGAGGAGGACGUCAGCGGCAUCACGGACCCUUUUCUGCAGGUGAAGUUGCUCCACUUCAUGCGCAUCAUCGGUGCCGGCAGCGAUGUCACUUCGGAAGCCCUCAACGAUGUUCUCGCGCAGGUGAUCACGAACACGGACGCGACGCGUAACGUGGGCUGCGCCGUGUUGUACGAGUGCGUGCGCACGAUCAACGCCAUCGAGAGCGAUGAAGGCCUUCGCACCCUUGCCGUCAACACGAUCAGCCGCUUCCUCUCCUCCGUCAAGGAUAACAACCUGCGCUUUGUGGGGCUCCAAACGCUGCUCAUGUACUCGCGCAAGGACUUCGACGCCGUGGUGCAGCAUCAGGCCAUCGUGCUCGAAUGCCUGCGGGAUACCGACCUCUCGAUCCGCCGCCGUGCGCUGGACCUCACGGUGACGCUCAUCACGGUGAACAACGUGCGGCUUCUUGUGCCGGACCUCAUCGCGUACAUGUCGCUCUGCUCGGAGGAGAUGAAGGGCGACGUGGCGCGGCACAUUUGCAGCGUGAUCGAGACGCACUACCCCAGCGAUAUUUGGCGUGUCGACUACUCCAUCCGUUUCCUCAAGGUGGCGAAACAGUUUGCCCCGCUGGACUUUGCCCGCCACCUGCUCGUCGUUCUCUCGAGCCAGACAAAGGACGUGCAAACGCGUGCGGUGGAGGCGUUAUGGGAGGAGGCAUCGUACCCGUUCGACGCGCGGCAUCAGUCUCGCAAGGCGUUCCUGAUGGUGGCGCUGUGGUGCAUUGGUGAGUACGUGGAGCUGCUGCUCGGCGCCGUGAAGGGGCUGACGGGUGCGGACGUGGCGACGUGCCUUAGCAGUCUCACCACAAAUACAAACUUCACUCUCGUCAAGCAGUAUGGUCUGACGGCGCUCAUGAAGGUCGCGACAAAGUGCCCCGACGCCAAGCCACAAGCUAUGGCUACGUUCGCGAGCAAUAUGACUAGCAUGGACUGCGAGCUGCAGCAGCGCGCGUGCGAGUACACGACAUUGCUGGUAGACUUUCCGCAGGAGGCAGUGUUUAGCUUUAGUCAAAUGCCACCCAUCAACCCCGAGGCCGACGCCGUGAAACCGGUAGAAGUUGUGUCGCUGACGCAGGAGCAGCUUCACCAGGAGACCACCAACACGCUCGAUGACCUCUUCAACUUCGACGGUGCGAACAAGCCCGCCCCGCCCAGCACAGACACGUCAACCCUGAUGGGUGGCUCAUCCUCGCAGCUCGACUCGCUUUUUUUUCCCGACUCGGCCUUUCCGACGGUGUCGCAGUGCGCACCGGCUGUCUCUGGAUCGACGGUGAUGGCUGACGCAAGCGUGAAGUCUGCAUCGGCGUCUCCCACGGGCGGAGGAGACGUGACUGGCGUGCCCGUCUGCAGCUGCGCUGACUUCGAUGUCCUGCUCUCAGGGCGGAUGGAGGGCAGCAUCAUCUUUGCCGAUCUCGUCGUACAGUCGAAGCUCAGCGACGCGGUGGAGCAGCUGAGCUUUAGUGUGGCUGUACUUCGGAUGUGCACAGUCGAGGUGGCGCCGCUGCCGAGCACUAUCGCGCCGUACGGAGUAGCCGCGCAGCGGCUGAAGGUGGACAACACGCAGAACACGGCGAACCCACGCAUGCUGGCACUACGAGUAAGGAUCUCGUAUACCGUGCGCGGCGAACCGCGAGAGCAGAUGUUCCAGGUUUCCCAGGUAUUGUGA